CUGAAAAUUAAAGCAAUUCACUUUCAGUUUCUGUUUAAGUCAAACUGAUACUUAGUCACACACCCAUGUUAUUUCUCUCUCCGGCUGCAAUAAGAUUCCAGGACAAUGUCAGUUAGUAUAAAGAAUUAUAUUUUUCCAGUCAUCGGUGUGAUCUUAUUCCCUUUUUAUCUGCUGGGGAAUCUGUUCCUGUGGAUCAUCCUGUGUAUAAAAAAGGUCUUGUGUUGUGCUCCUAACACGCUCGAUGGGCAGGUCUUUUGUUCUGCUCCUCAGCCUCUUGUUGUUGGAAUAUUCUCUCGGUCAGCAGAGGAGGACUACCAAUGGCUGGGGGAAGGACUGAGAUUAUUUAAAGAUUCAGUUAAAGAAAUAAGACAUUGUUACAUUGCCAAUAGUGGAUUUCAUACAUUCACCAAGGAGGUCGAUCAAUGCCAAUUUGCGAUCCUGUAUCACACAAAGAAUCGAGGGAGGGUUAACAUAACUAAUGUAACAGACUCGAUUUAUGAUAAAGAACUCAAACACCUAUCUGAUACACUGGGUCGAGGGAAAGUCAUUGUGGUGAUUGAUGACCUGGACAAGACCGGCUUUGAGCAGAAAUCCUGCAUCCUGCGAGAACAGCAAAAUAUCGCUGAUCAGGCCGCAGAGCUGUUCCUUAUCAGCCCACACGACAAGAUGAACCCACAACUAUUAAACAAAAAGUUACGGCAGAUAGAAGAUUUCAUAAAUGCAGGUGCCGUGGAUCUCUGCCGUAUUAUGGAUUGCUGUACGUCCCAGGAUGUAAGUUACCAGCAAGUCUGAAAUAAUCAUUCAAUGAGCUGAGGAAACUUCCAUUGAACAUCUAGACGAGGCAGAACCCUCAGCAUCAGCAUCCCAUCACAUGAUCAGAAGGUCUACACAAGCUCACAGCCAGAGCCCGGAAACUAUUGGACCUUUCAUAUUAAUAUUUCAGCAUCUGACAGACAGACAGAAACAUACCUCAUGGCCGUCUACACGCUGAUACGUCCUCUGUGACCAGCUCUGUAUAGUGAAUGUGUUCGUCAUCCAGUCCCAAUUAUUACUGUCACAGUUUCACGUAAAUAUAUUUUUAAUGAUUUUAUUUCCAAUAAACUGAUUAUUUAAU